AUGGUGUCAUUAACCAGGUUGCUUCGGUUGCAAUUACACAACCUAGAUUCUGUAUGUCAAUUGACUGAUCCUAGAAGGCAGCGCUUUCGGAGAGAUAUAUUAACAGCGCCUGGUAAUCGAAUUGUCGGUGAUGGAGGAGGUGGUAAUGCAGGCGGCAGUCUAAGAAUAUCGCUCUUAGCGGAACGACUUGGUACAACAGACCCGGCUCCGGCCUGUGUAGUGUUGGAGGCAAUUAAGCUGCUAUGUCUAUAUGUGAAUAACGAGGAAAUAGACGAGAGCAUACGAUUGCUAUGUUUGGAUUCGCUAGAGAAAGUUUUAUUGAAUGAUAUUCGAGAGGAGCAGCUAUUUAUCGAGAUAGCAAGAUGCUGCAUGGUCAGUGAGGUAUCUCUAGGGGUUAAUCGUAGGAAAGUACAACUCAUCAAAAUCCUUAUCAGUAAUCCCACCAUGUCUACUCAUAUACCAAGUGAUAUUUUGUGGGGGUACUUCAAACUUUGUCAUUACGAACUCAUUCAGUCUAACGAUGUUGAAGCGGAACUGGUCAUUAAAACCCUAUAUCAUCUAAUUUUUAGUCAGACCCUGAGGAGUCAGACCCUGAGGGGGUCCAAGAGUGAUGAUAGUCAUCAAGAUCCUCCUGUUGCCUGGGAAAGUCUUCGAUUGCAAUUCGUCAAGUAUGUUAUUCGCUUACUAAACACCGGCCUCAAACUAAACAAGCAGAGACUACCCUCUUACCCCUGCCGGCCUGUCGGAGAACUGCCGUGGCUGCAACAGCAAACUGCGGGGGAUGACCUACACUCUAUCGACCACUGCGAAAGGUCUGGACUCUUGGAACAACCAAAAGCCAACAGCGUCGUUGAAGCCGGCACCACCGCCGGUGCUGGACUACUAACUGACAACAGCGGACUAAAUGCAAGCUUGAGCUCCAAUCCGUCGUCCGUACUUUCCUCAUCAAAUUGGUCUGCUGAACCCGCCCCUCCAACAGACCUGAAGGCCCCCGCCGGCCGAACAUCCAUGACCGAUGCCCGAAAUGCAGCGGCCAAUAUCGGGACCGACUCCAGAUUGUUAGAAGGUCCUAUUGGUAAGAGGGUGUCGGACGUCAGCCGAGGAUCGAGGAUAGACAGCGCAGACAGUAAACUGGAACUGCUCCAGGAGGUCGAUGAGAGGCUGGUAAAAGGUCGGGAAGAGCAGUUGAUCAACCUCGGAUACCAGUUGCUGUAUGACAGCAUCACAGUCGGACCGGAACAUUUCAAGUCUGAUGGACCGCUGAAGGAUUUGCUAAACCGGUACGUCAUUCCAGUCGUCUGGCAGACGCAAAACUCUGUUGACGUCUCAGCCUAUGUUUUCGCGACACAACUAAGGUUCCUCAUUCCUCUACUCACUGAUCUUAACAAUCCAGUUCACUACCAGAUGUUUAUAAAUACGUUUGCGGUCAGAAAUGUGCUUCUACAGGGCCUCACGGGUGGCGAUACCUCUGUGGGUACCUACUUGAAUGGACAGCACCCAAGCACAUAUUUGACCAAAUCUGUAAACUUGUUGGAGAGGCAGGAGAUGGUUUGCAAAAUGAUCCUACAGAUUUUUGGGACCAUUGGACCUCAAGGAAUCCUUUCCAUCUUCGAGAACUUUGACUGCAACUUCCAGCGGACUCCCAUACUCCGAAGAAUCGUAAUAGCCGCAAUCGUAAAUGCGGAGCCUGAAUUCACUCCGAAGGAAAUUCGGGAUCCGAAGGAUGCUUCUGCGAGCCGCAGCCAGGCUGACAGCCCCGUUAUCGAAGAUGCACAACCGCAGCACUAUACCACUCGUGUUUGGAAGUCGCUGGCCAUUCAACAAGGUGGUCGGGGUGCCGGCGGUCGAGUGCGCUCGUCUUACAAACGCGUGUGCGCCGUUCAAAAAGCCGGCUUCGAUAUUCUCUGCAAGAUUGCCGAAUGCGUUUCGUUAAUACUCAGCCAGUGGGAGUCGGAAAGACAGUCGUCUGCCACUGCGCCGCGAGAGAAUGCUCCGUCACCUGGGUCAGUGCAGCUCGUGCCUUUGAGUGCUUGCCUUUCGUCAGCGGCAAAGAAUUUAGUAGAGAGAAGACGGACUGAAGAGCUAGUGCACGCCAUUAACCAGGCCGGACCAAAGGAGAUUAGCGAGCAUUUGAUUAGGGCUGGCAAGAUUCGGGAUGAGGACGACGUUACGGCUGUGGCUCGAUUUUUGUUGCUUACUCCAAGCCUUAAUUUGUCCUUAAUUGGGGAGGUCUUGGGUUCGAAGGGUCCCUGGCACCAGCAGGUGUUGGACGCCUUCUUACGGCUGUUCGAUUUUAACGGCGUGUCCGCGGUCAGUGCUUUGCGGAUGUUCCUGGGAUCUUUCAAGCUGCCGGGCGAGGGGCAAAUGAUUGACCGAAUUUUGGACCGUUUCGGCAAGGAGUAUUUCUUGCAACAAGACAUAGCACCAGGACAGUCGAUUACCCCUCCUAGCACAGAUCCGAACGACCCUGUCCUUACCGUCGAGGAAAGGACGCCCCGUCUGGUGGUGAAUGAGAACGGCUCCGGCAGAACGGUCUUCGUCACGUCCGAUGUUGUCUUCUUGCUUUCAUUCGCCAUUGUAAUGCUCAACACCGACUUGCACCACCCAGAUGCCAAGACAAAGAUGAGUGUAGACAACUUCCUGGCCAAUACAUAUCGGAUAGAAGACAUGACGACCUUGAGUGCGCUGUAUAUGCGAAGUGUCUACCAAACAAUAAAGGAGGACGGCCUGGCUAUCAACAAGCAAAUAGAAGAAGAUGGACUGUAUCCCACAGAACAUCCCGUCAUAGACGUACACACUUUGCUUCAACAGUCCGAGCUUACCCAUGCUGCCUGGGAAAUGAAGGACGAAGCCGUCGUCCUGGAGCUGGCCGAAACAUUGUGGACCGAAGGUGAAUUUUGGAACACCGCAUACAUUCAAGUCAUGUCCAAUUGCAAGGAUUUCGUCUACUUCGAGAAAGGGCUGGAAUGCUUCUACCAUCUAAUUUCAAUUUGGUCACGCUUCGGAAAGGCGGACUACAUUCUAGCCAUGCUUGCUGAUAUGAUGCAAUUCAUUCACCCCGUUUGCAGCUACAAGUAA